AUGGGAUCAAUUGACAAGUUAUUCGGGCCUGCCGCUAGCAAGGUAGAGUCCGGGCUAAGCAAGCUUUUCGGCAGCUCUGCAGGUCCCGUGGAUGUGGCCAAGGUCAAAUCUAAGAUCAGGACCGUGCUGCCAGGCGUGGAGCCUGAGGCCAAACCUGAGACCAAGGAAGCAUCCGCGGAGGCAUCCACGGAGCAGGGCUCGCAAGGUGAAGGCGAGAGUGGCUCGGAGGAGGGCGCAAAGCCCGCCAAGCGCGGUUUGGAGGCCGAAGAGGCCCCAGCGCAGCCCAAGAAGCUUUCCAAACGUCAAAAGCGCAAGGCGCUGGACGCGGACAACGAGAACCUCGAGUCCGAGUACUACUCCAAGCUACUAGAGAAGGAGCAGGGAGAAGCCGAGGAAACCAGCGCGGCUGAGCCCGAGUCCAAGGACGGCGAGGCCGAGGCGAGCGUCCAAGCCACGGCCGCGAGUGCCUCGCGCAAGGACCUAAAGGAGGAGGAACUGCAGAAGGCCGAGCGCACCGUCUUCGUCGGCAACGUCCCCGUCGACGUGGUCACGUCGAAGCCGCUCAAAAAACAGUUCAAAAAGCUGUUCGCAGUCGCCAAGAAGCACUCCGGUGGCGACGACAGCGACGAAGACAAGGCCACGGGGCCUGACACCUUCGCCGUCGAGAGCAUCAGAUUCAGAUCCAUCUCUUUCGAAGAGGCCCUGCCGCGUAAGGUCGCUUUCGUGCAGCAGAAGCUGCACAAGUCCAGAGACUCGGCUAACGCGUACGUGGUAUACGCCGAGAAGGCCGCUGUGAAGGCCGCGUGUCAGACCCUCAACGGGACUGUUUUCUAUGACCAUCACCUCAGAGUGGACUCCGUGGCCCACCCGGCCCAGCAUGACAACAAGCGGUCUGUGUUCGUGGGGAACUUGGACUUCGAGGAGGCCGAGGAGAACCUGUGGAAGCACUUCGAAAAGUCUGGCGAGAUCGAGUACGUACGGGUCGUCCGCGACUCGAAAACCAACAUGGGCAAGGGAUUUGCGUACGUGCAGUUCCGCGACUUCCAGGACAUCAACAAGGCGCUGCUGCUCAACGACCAGAAGCUCAAUGGUACGGGCAGGAAGCUCCGUGUUACAAGGUGCAAGAACAUGAAGAAAACGCAGCCUUCUUCCCAGAAGCAUCCAAAAGCACUCACGGACGACCAGAGGACCAAGCUAGGAAGGGCCAAGAAGGUGCUCGGAAAGGCCGACAGAUCUACCGUCGGCAAGGAUGUCACGAUCGAAGGCCUCAGAGCUACCAAGGGCGCUUCCACCCCGAUCUUGAAGAAAAAGAAGCAGAGAUCCAAGUCUGGAAGAGUGACCAAACGCUCGACCGCGUUCAAGAAGGCUAACGCAAGCAAUUCCCGUUAG